CGUAGGGGUCGACGAGCCUCCGUUGGGAAGAUGGCGGAGUGAGUCCUCGGCGCGUGCAGCUCCACCUUCCCCGUCGCGCGAUCCGCGAGCUGCGAAAGCCAGCAAAGGACUCUUCUUGAACACUUGUGUCCGGGGAAGGACAGCAGGAGGACUUUGCAAGAGCUGCCGGAAAGUUCUCGUUGAGGCUGUGCGACCUGCCUUGACCUCGCUCGCGCGCGCAACGACAGGAUGCUGACCUCGCCCCGUUCCCCCGCGCCAUGAUGGUGCCGCCCGCCGACCCCCGCAGCGACUGGUGCCAGUACCUGACCCCGCUCGUCGCCCUCACCUCUUCGUCGCGAGGCCCAGGCUGCUAGUGGCCUCCUCCGGCUCGACCUCGAGUGCCACGACGACCACGAAGGCGACGGCGCCGACGUAGGCGCUGCCGAAGUCGCGACAGGAAGGAGUAGCGAGCCCGCGCCGAGAGAGGCGGGAGCGCGAGAGCGUGACGCAUCGGCCGCGUGCGGCAGUGCCGCGCGCGAGGAUCAGGUGCCUGGUGGCCGCAGCUGGCGUCCCUCCCACGCCUUCCCGGCCGCGGAUUUAGACUGCUGGCACUCGGCCUGCGAGACUGAGUGCCACGCCCGGUCGCUCGCGGGGCGCACAGGCGGUCCGGCGCUGCAGCCAAGCAGACUGACGCGCCCUUCGGAGACUUGCAAGAGGAGAGGAGCGCGCCGAGGGGCACGGCGCCAGAGAGGCUUGGCGGGAAGGCGUUCAUGAGCGGUCGUGGAAGGGUCGCGUGGCCAGGACUGCCCCGUGCCCAGGCGUCGCGAGCCCCGCCGCCAGUGCCAAGGCGAGCGCCGUCAGUCGUCCCCUGAGGCGGAGUGCAAGACUGCCUCGCGGCGCCGUCGGAGGCGACGCCCUGCACUGCUACGCCCACACGAGCCGUGUCGUGCCGCGCUUGUAGCGGCGCCGAACGGCCGCGACGGAGGCGGGGUAGCAGUGCCGCCCAUGCCCGCUGUGCCUCUCUAUGUGGAGCGUGAGCGUGGGCGUCCGCUGGCAGGGCGCGCGUGACGCAGCGAGCCUCCCGACUCCCGCCAAGGCAGCUGCGGCUGCGGCGGCGGCGGCUGCUGGAAGGGCUGCAGCGGCAGCAGCAGCAGCAAGAGUAGGAACCGGAACAGGAGGAGGAGGUGGGGCGUCAGCAGGGGGCGGGCGGGAGGGCAGCAGGAGCGGGGGCGGAGUGGCAGCCAUGCUGUACUACACUCUGGACCCGCAGUUCGGCGCCCUCCUCUACUCCGUCGCCAGCAGAUAUGAGCGCCUCGCUCUCCUUCCCGACGCCCUCGCCUGCUGCGCGUACGCCGGCCCGCCCGCGCCCACCGAGGUGCUGGCGUACGCCCACGCGCUCGGCAUCCAGCUCUACACUCUGGGCGAGAACUACGCCUGCUUUCUCACGCAAGUCCGGGCGGGCAGCGUGAUCUUCCUGGUGGGCGUCGGGUCCCUGGUGUGCUGGAAGCUGUGGGAGCACUGGCGGAGCGGCGGCGGAGGCCCCUCGUCGCCCCCGCCCUCGCCCACCCACUCGCCCUCCCCCCCGCAGCGGCGCCCGAGGGGGAUCCUCGCCUCGCUGCUGGAGGACGACCUCGUGCAGGACUUCGAGGACUUGGACGACGAGGACCCCGCGCUUAUUCACCAUCUGAUUGAACUGGGCCGCGAAUUCGUCGUCAAACUUUUAGUGGGCAAGUACUUCGGGCCAGACAGUCCCUGCGGGGAGGGGCCAGGCGAGGACCUGUCCCUCGUCAGCAGUGAAGUGAGCGAAGUGAGCGAGGUCUUCGCGCACCACUACCUCGCCGACGCCAGUGCCUCCAUCUCUGCCGGCGAUGUGGGUUCUUCCUCGGGCGAGAACAGCUUGCCGACAGACGAGGAUUCGGACGUCGAGCUUUUCGGCGGCCACAAGCGCGUUGUUCGCAGGAAGCACAGGUCCUCGGAGCUCCAUCGCAACCAGUUGACUCCAAGCCAUGGGAGAGCCCCGGGCGGCGGCGGCGGCGGCCGAGGCUCGACGGCAGCGCCCAACGCGUCUGUGGUGGCAAAGAAGCACAAGACGGAGUCCAAGCACGCGGCGAAGCGCCAGGGCACGGGCCAGCAUCCCCUGCAGGACGACUGGUGUUCCUCGGAGUCGUCCCCCGCCCACGGCGCGCCCACCAGCGCCCACCUGCCGCAGGUGAAGGAGCUCACUCGACACCUCGGCGACGGCUCUCGGAGACGCCCGGAAAGGGGCAGUUGUUCAUCCCCAAAGGUUGGUAAGAGACGUCAUCAGUGUGGUUCAGCACUGCGAUCCUCACAGACCCGUGAUCAGGAAGACUGGCUGGUAGACAGUAGGUAA